CCGCUACAGCAUCCAGACUACGUUUUUCAACUCCAAAAGGUUCUAGGGGACGAGUCGAGCUCCAUUUGACCAGCCAGUACCCACCCAACCUACUAAGUAAGUUCGCAACCGAAUGAUGACUCGCCUAUGCUCCCUCCCCGCGCGGCGGGCAACGCUCCAACAACUCAAAGCACCACUUGUUCGGCCACAUCAAUUCUCAACCUCAGUGCGCACCGAUAAUUAUGCGACACUGCCGAACCUCCGGAUUGGAGCGCAUACUCAGGUCUUGUUCCAGGGGUUUCCGGGUAGACAGUCGACGGCCAAUGUACGAGAGUCUCUGGCUUGGGGGACCAAGGUUGUCGGUGGGGUGAAGCAGAAUGCUAGGGGGGAGAAUCUGGGGCUUCCGGUGUUUCGGUCCGUUAGAGAGGCACAACAGAAUGUGAGGGUGGAUGCGUCCGCUGUCUACGUGCCUGGCGGCUCGGCGGCGGCAGCCAUUGAAGAGGCUAUCGAAGCCGAGGUGCCACUGGUUGUGGCUGUUGCUGAGCAUGUGCCGAUUCAUGAUAUGCUACGUGUGCACUCAAUGCUCAAAACGCAAUCAAAGACGAGGCUGGUCGGAGCAAACUGUCCAGGCAUCAUCUCGGUGACUGGGAAGUGUCGCAUUGGCUUCCAGCCGUUGCCGUGCUUUACUCCAGGUAAGAUUGGUAUUGUGGCCAAGUCGGGUACCUUGAGUUAUGAGGCUGCUGCGUCCACAACGCGGGCAGGCUUGGGCCAGACUCUUUGUAUUAGUAUGGGAGGAGAUGUGCUGGCUGGGACAAACUUCGUUGAUGCUCUGGAGACCUUCGAGAGUGACGCCGAGACUGAGGGGAUUGUUCUGGUCGGAGAAAUCGGCGGCACAGCGGAGAUGGACGCCGCCGAGUGGAUCCGUGAUUAUCACCGAAGAACUACCAACCCCAAACCCAUCAUGGCUUUAGUUGGAGGCCAACAUGCGCCCUCAGGACGUGUGAUGGGCCAUGCCGGUGCCUGGACCGCUCCCGGGGAGCCCGACGCCCGAGACAAGUAUCAGGCGCUCGAGAGUGCCGGUGCAGUCAUGGUGAACCACCCUGAGAAGUUCGGACCGGGCAUGAAGACUCUCCUGGAGAGCCGAGGACGAGCCCAGAGUGCCAACUUUACCAAAGGAGUAAGCCAACAAAGAGGCUUCCAUACACUGAGAAGGGCUUCUCUUUCCACCAACCAUAGCGCACGACAACAGCAACAAGCCCGAAAUCUCUACGUGAAGCCGUUCCAAGCCCUUGACAUGCUCCGAAAGAAGUCCAUUGCGGUCAAGGAGGCUGCCUCAACGGACGCGGACUUCUUCCUGGCUCUGACUGUAGACAGAACCGCACUGUCUCCAUGUAUCCUGGCCUCUUCGACCGCUGCUUUUAACCCCGAACACACAGGCCGGUUUCCUUUCCCUUUCCAGAAUGCAGACUUUAGCAGCACAAAUCCUCUCACCCAGGCCGUCGCCUCUCACCUCCGACUUCCAUCCACGCAGCAAGAGAGAUUGACCGAGCUCCUGCGCGCGCUGUGGCAGAUCUUCACAGAGAAGGAAGCGUACCUCCUCGAAGUCCGAGCCAAUUCCACAGAUGCUUUGGAGGUAAGAGAAGCACGCUUCGGAUUUGACGAUGCCGCAUUCCGCAGUUCUGGACGACAAGAAGAUAUCCAAAGUCUGAGAAACCCAGCGGAGGAGGUACCUGAAGAGGUCCUGGCGGAGAAAGACGGUAUCGUCUACGUCAAACUAGAUGGAGAGGGAAGCAUCGGAACCCUUGUGAACGGCGCCGGGCUGGCCAUGAACACGGUAGACGCGUUAACGAUGCACGGCGGCCAUUGCGCCAACUUCCUGGACACCGGCGGCAAGGCGACGUCGGCGACAGUCAAGGCGUCGUUUCAGAUCAUCCUGUCCGACCCGCGCGUCAAGGCCAUUUUUGUGAAUAUCUUUGGCGGAUUGACGCGGUGCGACAUGAUUGCCGAGGGUAUUCUGUUGGCGUUCCAGGACAUGGAUGUUCGCAUUCCUAUAGUCGUGCGACUACGGGGGACGAAUGAGCAAGAGGGACAGCGCAUGAUCGCGGAGAGUGGACUGCCGCUAGAGGCAUUUGACGAAUUCGAGGCCGCGGCGAAGCGGGUGAUAGAAUUGGCGCAGCAGUGA